AUGUCAGUUUCAAUUUUUUUGACAGGAAGCCCAAGAACUGGCAAGACAACAAUAAUUAAAAAAAUUGUUAAUAAUCUUCAAAGAAAAUAUCCACCAACAAAACUCUUUAUUCAAGGUUUUUAUACAGAGGAAGUAGUUUCUGCGUCAUCAUCGUCACGAAAAAGAAUCGGGUUCGAUUUAAUUACAAUAAAUUCAACAGAGCCAGGAUCUCGUGAAAUUCUUGCCAGAAAAGCAAACAAUUGGCCUCCAAAUUAUAACCUUCCCGAAAAUGCGCCUCGCGUCGGUGAAUACAUUGUAGAAACAACUCAUUGGUCGCAUGUGGCAAUUUCUUCGAUCACGCCGCCGCAACCUGAAAAAGAACCACAGCAACAACACAAUCCACAAAAGAGAUUAAUUGUAAUUGAUGAGAUUGGGAAAAUGGAAAGUUUCUCUGAUGAAUUUAUUCACGUCGCGGAACAAGUGAUAUUUGGAGAAAGUGAUGCUGUUGGGGAUGAACGUAAUUACUGUGUCCUAGGUACUGUGACAUUACGUGAUUGUAGUGCGUUGGAUGUUUCUAUUAAGAAAAAAGCGGGUUUUCGAUUGAGGAGUCAUGAUGAUGUGAACAAAUCUAUUAGAGUAGUUGAAGUCACUCGAGAAAAUAGGGAUUUAUUGGAGGUAACUCCAAUGGUGUCUGACCUACGACGUUUUGUAGAACGCUUCGUACAAGUAUAUCAAGCACCAAACGAACAUCAAGAACGAAAUUUUCUCAUUAUUCUAAAAUCAAAUAUUCUUCCGGGUCAGGAACUCUGGCUUGCGUAUAAAAGACGCACCGCUACGACCACGUCACAAUACAAUGAAACCGCUGCAUUAAAAACAUGGGAAGAUGCGCCGACUUCAGCAUGUGGUAUGGAUGCAUUCGUGACGCUUUUGACAAGUGUUUCGUAUAAUCUUCAAUUGUUUGAAUGUCUGGCCGAGAUCUUGACACCAAGAAGAGAAUUGGUGAUGCGUUGGAUGGCACCGUAUUUACAUCGACAUAAUAAAUAUGAUUUUGAAGAGGAUAGUUGGCUGUGUGAUCCUUGGGGGAGUGGUUAUUGGACGGAAGACACGAGGGAAUUAAAUUUAAGAAGGGAUAUGAUUCAUUGUUUGGAUAUUUUGAGACAAUUUAAUGGACGUGAAGAUGUCAUUGCUGAAGCAUUGGCUAUCCUUGAAGAGAAAGAUGUCUCCGUCUAUUUAAAAGCUUAUUGCCAAGGUUAG